UAGGUUCGGGCCCGACCCAGGCGAAACCGAUCCGCGUUCCACCGAUCCCGUUCCCGAUUCCCUUCGUUUUUCCAAGUCUUCAGGUAGAGGCCGAUAGGUUUGGCUCCCCCUCCGCACUCCUUCCCUCCUCUCAAGUGACGACCGGCGAUCGGCAAGGAGCGACGUUCCUCACUGGCGAGAGGAGCAUCCAGACCCGUGGUACAAGCAUCCAAGCGCGCUACCAGCAUCAAAAUCGUUAUUUUUCGUCACCAGCAUCUCUGUGUAAUCGAGGUUUUGGGAGGGUUACUCCUUUCUGGCUCUUUGGCAACAAUUAUGGACAUGGAAUUGGGUGAAAUAAGGAUGGAGCAAGAUGAAGCACGGUUUGGGAAGGGUUCUUUAGAAAGAGCAGCUAGGGAUGAAGAGAUGGAUGAACUGGAAGAUUAUGGUGGUGAUAUGGGGAUUGAUGGCAUUGGAAAAGAAGAUAAUGAUAAUGGUAGUAGGGAUAAGGGGAAGUCCAGGGAGUCAGGAAAGCAUAGGAGUAAAGAAGGAAGGAAACGAAGGCGAGAAGAGAAGGAGCAUGGAAACCGAGAUGGAGAAAGAUCGAAGGUGAAGGAGAAAGAGGAGAGAGAUUCAGAUAGAUAUGAUGCAAAGGAUAAGGAUAGGUUUGAGAAUAGUAGGGAGAGAAGGAAGGAGGAGAGGUUGGAGUUUAAUAAAAAUAUAGACUAUGAGAAGGAACGAGAUCGGGAUAAAGAAAGGAGCAGAGAUAAGGUACGGGAGAAGGAUUAUGACCGGGAUAAGUAUAGAGAAAAGGAGAGAGACUUGGAGCGUGGGAAAGAUAGAGGGAAGGAGCUUGACAAGGAAAGGGAGCGAAGUACUGAUCGGGAGCAUGAUCGCGGUCGGGACCGUGGAAAAGAAAAAGGAAAGGAGCGUGAGAAGGAUAGAGAGGGUGAGAGGGAAAGAGAUUUGAUGCGAGAAUAUGAUCGAGGGAAAGAGCGGGAGAAGGUACAUGACCAUGCGAGAGAUAGAGAUAAGGAUCGUGAGAGAAGUAAAAUUCGUGAGAGGGAUCAUGAGAAGGAUGUGGAGAAGGAGUUGGAUAGGGAAAGAGGAAAGGAGAAAGAUCAUGAGAGGGGGAAGGACAGAGAUAGGGAAAGAGAGAAGGACCGGGAUAGGUUGAAGGACAAGGAAAGAGAAAAGGACAAAAUUAAAGAUAGGGAAAAGGAGAAAAUUAAAGAUAGGGAAAAGGAGAAAGAGAAGGGUAAGUUGGAGAAGGUCAGAGCCAAGGAGAAAUCCAGAGAGAAGGAAAUAGAUAUAAGGGAUAAAGAAAGAGAUGGUAGAGCUAGGGAAGGUGAAAAGGAUGAGAAGGUAAAGGCUGAUGGUGGGAAUAGUAGAAUUGCAAGAAAGGGAGAGGAAAUUCAAGAUAAUGAAGGUGAUUUAACACAUAAUGAAAAGUCAAUUUCUUCGACAUCAACUUCAGAACUUGAAGAGCGUGUAACAAAAAUGAAGGAAGAAAGGCUAAAGAGAAAACCUGAUGGUGCUUCUGAGAUCUCAUCAUGGGUUAACAAAAGUCGGAAGCUAGAGGAGAAGAGGAAUGCUGAAAAGGAGAAAGCCUUGCGUCUUUCAAAAGCUUUGGAGGAGCAGGAUAAUAUUUUAGCAGAAAGUGAAGAUGAGGAGGCAACCGGGCACAGUGGAAAUGAUUUAGCGGGAGUUAAAAUUCUUCAUGGCCUUGAUAAAGUAAUGGAGGGUGGGGCAGUUGUUUUGACUCUCAAAGAUCAGAGUAUCCUUGCAGAUGGUGACAUCAAUGAAGACGCUGACAUGCUGGAAAAUGUGGAGAUUGGGGAGCAGAAGCAGAGAGAUGAGGCUUAUAGAGCUGCAAAGAAAAGAACUGGACUAUAUGAUGACAAGUUUAGUGAUGACAUGGGGUCACGGAAACCAAUACUUCCACAAUAUGAUAACGAGAUUGAGGAUGAGGGAGUAACAUUGGAUGAAAGUGGGCGCUUCACCGGUGAAGCAGAGAAGAAACUAGAAGAGCUCCGGAAAAGAAUUGAAGGUGGUAUUAUUAAACAAAACUAUGAAGAUCUUACUUCUUCAGGCAAAAGCUCAUCAGAUUACUAUACUCCUGAUGAAAUGCUUCAGUUUAAGAAGCCAAAGAAAAAGAAGUCCUUGAGGAAGAAGGAGAAGUUGGAUUUGGAUGCCCUUGAAGCAGAAGCUAUCUCUGCAGGAUUGGGUGCUGGGGAUCUGGGUUCCAGGAAUGAUUUGAGGAGGCAGACUGCCAAAGAGGAACAGGUGAAAGCUGACGCUGAAAUGAGAAGUAAUGCAUACCAGUCAGCAAUUGCUAAAGCAGAAGAGGCAUCAAAAGCUCUGCGACAGGAGCAAACUUUAACUGUUAAAUCGGUGGAGGAUGAUAAUCUUGUAUUUGGUGAAGAUUUUGAAGAUCUUCAGAGAUCUAUUGGACAAGCAAGAAAACUUGCUCUCAAAAAGCAGGAUGAGACACCUGUUUCUGGUCCCGAGGCAGUUGCACUUGUAGCUACAACAAAGAAGGAACAAGAGGAUGCUAGCCCCACUGAAGGAGAGCCUCAAGAAAAUAAAGUUAUCAUAACAGAGAUGGAGGAAUUUGUACUGGGUCUACAGUUUACUGAAGAUACCCAUAAACCUGAAUCAGAAGAUGUUUUUAAGGAUGAGGAAGACAUUCCUAAAUCCCUUGAACUGGAAACAGAAGCUGAGGUUGGUGGCUGGGCAGAAGUGAUGGAAACAGAUAAAACUGAAGCAGCAGUUAGUGAAGAAAAGGAGGAUAUUAAUCCAGAUGAGAUUAACCAUGAAACUGCUAUUGGAAAAGGUCUAUCAGGUGUUCUCAAGUUGCUUAAAGACCGUGGAACACUUAAUGAGGGAGUUGAUUUGGGAGGCAGAAACAUGGACAAAAAGAAAAGCAAGCUCGUUGGCAUCUAUGACAAUGAAGGGCAGAAGGAAAUACGAAUUGAAAGGACUGAUGAAUUUGGUCGUAUUAUGACACCUAAAGAGGCUUUCCGGAUGCUUUCACAUAAAUUCCAUGGCAAGGGACCAGGCAAAAUGAAGCAAGAAAAGCGUAUGAAGCAAUACCAAGAAGAUUUGAAGACUAAGCAGAUGAAAGCUUCUGAUACGCCACUACUGGCAAUGGAAAAGAUGAGGGAAGCUCAAGCUCGAUUAAAGACACCUUACCUUGUUUUAAGUGGACAUGUAAAACCAGGGCAAACCAGUGACCCAAGAAGUGGAUUUGCUACAGUUGAGAAAGAUCAUUUGGGGAGUUUGACACCCAUGCUCGGGGACAAAAAGGUUGAGCAUUUUCUGGGAAUAAACCGCAGGCCCGAUGCAGGUAGCAUGGGUCCACCUCCACCGAAAAAAUUGAAAAGCUGAAUUGUUCAUUGGAGCAAACAUUUACAGUUAAGCAGGGAGAUGAAUUUCGUCUUCAUUUGCACUUGGAGCUUGACUGGUUCAACAAGAAAGCCCAACAUUGCCUGUCUGAAAACCGAUGUUUUAUCUGAUAAGAGGUUGAGAUGUAGGCUUUCUUAUAUCAGGUUACACCUUUUGUUCAUAUACAGUGAUGACCAACAUGGUUUUGCUUCACACCUUUAUUCUUGAGCCUCUAUUUUAACAAGGAAAAAGAAUAUUCCUGUAAAAAUGAAACGGCAGUUCAUAAGAACAGAUUAAGAUUUUGGUAAACCCUUCCAUUUUAUGUG